UGGGACAGGGACACCCCAGCACGCUGAGCCAGCACACUGCAGCAGCGUGUCCCCACGGCCUCCCUGCUGCCCCUCGCUGUCUCUGGAGAUGGGGACAAAGCCGGGGGCAGGGGUACAAGCCCGGCUCAGGGGGAGGGUGCCAGCGCCUGGCGCGAGGUGCCCGUGCCCCCCCGGCCGUGGAGGGGACAAUGGGGCUCUGUGUCGCCCGCCGUGCCCAGCGCCUAAUCCGGGGCACGGGGCCGGGGGCCGGGCACCCCGGGAUGGCGCGGGGGGGUUUAAAGGCCAGAGCCGACCGGUGGCCCCUGUGCCAGGCGUCCCCGAGCCCUCGUCCCCUGCGCGCUCUCAGGCCACCAAGCCCCUCAGUCACCAGGAUGCUCUCGGUGGAGCAGACGAGUGCCGAACGGGCACCGAUGCCACAGGAGCAGGAGUGGGCAGGGCCCGAGGCGCUGUGCCCAGGCUGGCUGGAGGACGAGGCCUCUGAUGGCGACCUGCCUGAGGACAGCGGGGACCCCGAUGGUGCCACCCAGGCCUACGAGCUGCUGCAGAGCACCCUGCGCCAGGAGGGGCUGCCCCACACGCUGGAUCGAUCUGCAGAGCCCCGCACGGGGUUUGGCCCUCUGGACAUGACCGUCUGCAUCCUGGGCUCCCCCACCGCCUUCCUGCCCGUCCUGCUGGAGGGUGGCACCCGCUGCCCAGGUGCCAUGGUGCUGUGCCUGUCACCCACCUGGGCCAGCCGGGUGCCCUCGGAGACGUCCCCAGGCGCCUGGUCCCUGCUGCUCUCCCGGGGGGUGUCCUUCGAGGCGGGAGGCCACAGCACCCUGGACACCUUCGCCCCCCCCCGCCGGGCCAACUAUGUGACCGGCACCUUUGCAACAGGGGGUCCUGAGGGGGGCUGGGUGGGCGAGCUGGCCCGUGACCUCGACUGUCCCACGGGGGGCUCGGUCCCGCUCACCCACUGGCUGGAGGACCCGCUGGUCACCCGCUGGGUGCUGGCGGCCCGCGCUGGCCUGCCCGUGCCCCCCACCCUGGCAUUUGUCCUGGCACCGAGGGGGGACAUCCCCACGGAGCCGGUGGCCCCCGGCGUGAGGCUGGUGCGGCUGAAGGAUCCCCAGGGCCAGGAGAAGCUGGUGCAGGAGGAGGUGGGCGCCUUUUUGGGGGGUGCCGCCAUGGAACCCUACAGCCAGGUGGUGGUGCGGCCAGCAGGGUGGCGGUGGCAUGGGACGGGCGCCCGCAGCACCCACAGGAAGGAGGAGGGGACGGCGGUGGCACAGGCGGUGGGCGCGCGGCUGGGCGGGCUGCGGGAGGAGGACAGCGUCCUGCUGGAGGCCCUGGUGCCCACCGCCCGCCUGCCCCUGCCCCCCCCACGCAGCCCAGCCCCGCGGCUGCCGAUGUCCCUGCGCAUCUGCACCCUCGUCUGCAGGUCCUGGGGGGACCGGCCCCAGCUCUGCCAGGUGGCGUGUGGCGUGGGGCGCGCGGAGGCUCCGGUGAGGCAUGGGGCAGCGCUGCCCCAGGGCCUGGACUCCAGCCUGCAGCAGUGGGGGGUGGUGGCCCCGGGCCAGCGCCAGGCACUGGCCAAGCGGCUACAGGUGGCUGCCGAGGCCGCCAUGGCCGCCCUCCUGGCCACCGAGGCCAAGUUGAGUCCCCAGCAGCGCGGUGGCACCCGCGCCCGCACCGACCUCCUGGGGGUGGACUUUUUGCUGGCGUGCGUGGAUGACGCUCUGGAGCUGGUGGCCUUGGCCACCAACAGCCAGCAGUGCCUGGAGACCUGCCUGCUGGCCGAGAACAUGGGGCGUGCCGUGGGGGAGCCCCCCGGUGACCUGCCCCGGCUGCUGGCCGAGGCCAUGCUGCACCGGGCACAGUGUCACCUGGUCGAGGGCAAGGACAUUCUGCUCAUCGGGGCUGGUGGCGUCAGCAAGAGCUUCGUCUGGGAUGCAGCCCGUGACUACGGCCUGAGGAUCCACCUGGUGGAGUCCGACCCGGAGCACUUUGCGGCGGGGCUGGUGCAGACCUUCCUGCCGUACGACAGCCGCGAGCACCGGCGGGACGAGGAGCACGCCGAGCGGGUGACAGAGCUGGUCCGCGCCCGGGGGCUGCGACCCCACGCCUGCCUCUCCUACUGGGACGACUGUGUGGUACUGGCGGCACUGGUGUGCCAGCGCAUGGGGCUCCGCGGCUGCUCCCCCUCCGCCAUCCGCGUGGCCAAGCAGAAGAGCCGGACCCACCAACACCUUCAGCGGUGCUGCCACGGCCGCCCACCACCCGCUGCCUUCGCCGUGCCGUGCCGCCGGCUGCAGAGCCACGGGGACGUGGAACGGGCGGCCGGCUCCGUCCCCUUCCCCGCCGUGGCCAAACUGGAGUUCGGGGCGGGCGGCGUGGGGGUGCGCUUGGUAGAAAACACCGGGCAGUGCCACCAACACGCCGCCCGGCUUUGGCGUGACCUCCGGGACGACGCCGACCACCCGGGGAUCGGCUUGGGCUGGGGGAACGCCAUGUUGCUGAUGGAGUACGUGCCGGGCACCGAGCACGACGUCGACCUGGUGGUGUUCGAGGGGCGGCUGUUGGGCGCUUGGGUGUCUGAUAACGGCCCCACGCGCCUGCCCGCCUUCCUGGAGACCGCUGCCUGCCUGCCCUCCUGCCUGCCCGCCGACCGGCAGGCGCAGCUGGUGCGGGCGGCCCUGCAGUGCUGCCUGGCCUGCGGGCUGCGCGACGGCGUCUUCAACGUGGAGCUCAAACUGGGUCCCGCCGGCCCCCGCUUGCUGGAGAUCAACCCCCGCAUGGGCGGCUUCUACCUCCGCGACUGGAUCCGGGAGGUCUACGGUCCCGAUUUGCUGCUGGCGGCCGUGCUGGUGGCGCUGGGGACGCCGCCGGUGCUGCCCGCUCGCCCCGCGCCCCGCGGGCACUUGGCCGGGGUGAUGUGCCUGGGCUCGGAGCACGGGUGGACGCUGGGGGGCGGCGGGGGGCUGGCGGCGCUGCAGGCGCUGCAAAGCCGGGGGCUCGUCCGGCUCAACCGGCUGUUCGAGGAGACGGCGGGGGACGGCGAGUACGAGGAGCCGUGUCUGAGCGUUGCCUGCAGCGGGGAGACGCGGGCAGAGGCUUGUCUGCGCCUGCUGGGGCUGUGCCAGGCGCUGGGCAUCGACUCCCCCCGCUACCCCGUCGAGCAUUUCUUGUCCCAUUUUAAAUAGCCACGGGCAGGCAGCGGGGCCGGCGGGGGAGCGGGGGGCACAGGGACAGACCCUCUGCCCUGGCACCCCCUCCCGCAGCCCCGCCGCCCCGCUCCCUGGCAUCCCCCUGGCACCCCAUCUUCUGCCAUCCCCUGACACCCCGCUCCCUGGCAUCCCCCUGGCACCCCUGGCAUCCCCCUGGCACCCCAUCUUCUGCCAUCCCCUGACACCCCGCUCCCUGGCAUCCCCCUGGCAGCCCAUCUUCUGCCAUCCCCUGAUACCCCGCUCCCUGGCAUCCCCCUGGCACCCCUGGCAUCCCCCUGGCAUCCUGUCCCAUGAUAUCCCCCUGCUCCCCCUGGACCCCAAUUCCCAGCCUUGACACUCCACUCCCCAGCAUCCCACUCCCCCAUCUUGGCAUCCCAUUCUCUGACAUCCCCCCUACUCCUCUGGCACCCUAUGUCCUUGUUCUGACACCCCAUCCUCUGGUACCCCCCACGCCAUCCUGACACCCCAUCCCCUGACACCCCAUCCCCCGGCGUCUCCCCAUCCCCUGGCACCUCAUUUCUCUGUUCACCAACAUCUCCCCGGCUCCCUUGACAUCCCCCCCCACUCCUUCCUUGUCCUUCCCCAUCCCCCUGCACCCCCAUCCCUGGGCUCCCUGUCCCCCCCCCGCCCUGGCACCCCCAAACCUUGCUUCCGGUGUCCCUUUGUCCCCUGAACUGGGGGGUUUGGUGGCCCUCCCAUGCCAGGGGACACACAGGGGGACACCAACCCCCGAUAGGGGGUAGGCAGGGUCCCCCCUUAACGAACCUUUGCUAAUGGGGGGAGGGCAGCCCCCCAGAGGCCCCCAGGCCACCCCACCAGAGCAGCAGGUGCAGCCUGGUGAUGAGGAGACCCUACAAUAACAAACCUGCCUGGGGACACCCUGCAGUAAUAGACCUACGUGGGGAGACCCUACAAUAACAAACCAGCACAAGGGAGACCCCACAGUAACAGACUGAAGUGGGGAGACCCAGCAAUAACACACCUUGAAGGGGAGACCCCACAAUAACAAACCAGCACGGGGACACCCCGCAAUAACAGACCUGUGCAGGAAAACCCUACAAUAACAGACCUGCACAGGAAGACCCUACAAUAACAAAGGAACACCCGGGGACUCCCCGUGGUAGCAGAGCAGCUGGGAACACCCUCCAGGAAGAGCCUUGUAUGGGGAGCCCUUGUGAUAAAGGGCUGUCACUAGAGAGACCCUACAACAACAUUAGUGACCCUACAAUAACACCAGUGACUCUACAAUAACACACAGCCCCUGUAGUGCCCAAGACCCUACAACACUAGUGACCCUACAAUAACACCAAUGACCCUACAAUAACAGUCCCUGUAGUGCCCACGACCCUACAAUAACACCAGUGACCCUACAAUAGCACGCAGCCCCUGCAGUGCCUCUGACCCUACAAUAACACCAGUGACCCUACAACAACACACAGUCCCUGUAGUGCCCACGACCCUACAAAAACGUCAGUGGCUCUACAAUAACACACAGCCCUUGUAGUACCUGCGACCCUACAAUGACACCAGUGACCCUCCAGCAACACGCAGCCGUGUCAGCUCCGCGGUACCACUAGUGUUCCCCCCAAAAAACGCGCGUGGACCCCGAGCGACCCCGAGGACUCUCCGUCUCUUCCACGGGCGCUCCCUCCCCCUUCAGCUGUCGUCACGGCGGCGCCGAUGAUGUCACAGUGACGCAAGGGGGUGUGGCCGGGCGGGGGGUCCUCAGUAAAGGCUGUGAGCGGCCA